AUGGACCAACCAUUAGUUGAACAUUUCAGUAAUCUUGCUCAGAACACAAAUUUACUGCGACUAAACCUUUCUGGGUAUUCUGGAUUCUCUGAAUCUUCCCUGAAGACUUUGCUGAGCAGCUGUUCCAGAUUGGAUGAGCUGAACCUCUCUUGGUGCUAUGACUUCACUGAAAAACACGUACAGGUGGCUGUUGCACACGUGUCGGAGACCAUCAGCCAGCUGAAUCUCAGCAGGUACUGCAGGAAUCUGCAGAGAUCAGAUGUCUCUACCUUAGUUGGAAGAUGUCCCAAUCUUGUCCACCUAGACUUAAGUGACAGUGUCAUGCUGAACAAUGACUGCUUUCCAGAAUUUUACCAACUCAAGUACCUCCAACAUCUAUCAUUCAGUUGGUGCUAUGACAUAAUACCUGAAACUUUACUUGAACUUGGAGAAAUUCCCACAUUAGAAACAUUCCAAGUCUUUGGAAUCAUGCCAGAUGGUACCCUUCACCUGUUAAAGGAAGCCCUCCCUCAUCUACAGAUUAAUUGCUCCCAUUUCAUCACCAUUGCCAGGCCAGCCAUUGGUAACAAGAAGAACCAAGAGAUACGGGGCAUCAAAUGCUGUCACUGGCAAAGACCAGUUAUAUAUGAAGCCUCUGUUGCAAGAUGGUGUCUCCUAUUUUCUUUGAACAGGGAAAGUAGGAAGGAAGCCUAG